UAAUAAUAAAAUAAUAAUAAUAAUAUGUUUUUUGAAAAGUAAAAUUUUCUCUACUUUCCUACUACUGAGGCUAAGAACCAUCUAGCUAAACCAUCUCGGUUUAGGCUAAAAUAAAAUAAAUUAUAUGUUUGUUUAAUCGAUGGCUCCAUAUACUUCUAUGGAUGACUCCACUUUUCUUUUUUGCUGCAAAUCUCGCGAGAUCGGCGUCACUGGCGAGAACUAGCAUGGACGCGAACACAAAUAGAGGCUCCUCUGCCAGGGCAGAAAGAAAACAGCAAGAAAAGGCGAAAAUCAUACAGCGAGAGAAACAACGACAGACUGUGAAAACGAUCUCCAGGCUCCUCCAGAAGGCUGAGGCAGAACGGACGCAAGAGGACAGGGCUCUGCUGCUAGAGCAUCAGAACACUGUGCAGGAGCUGAGCCGGAGACAGAGCCGCAGAGCCCUGCUCAAGAGGAAACAAGAGGAGGUGUUUGAUGAUGCUGAGGACCUCAGGGCUAAAGUGAAGCAGCUGGCAGAAGCGCUACAGCAGGCCAAGCAUGUGGUCUUCUACACCGGAGCAGGAAUUAGCACAUUUAUGGGUUCUCGCCAGGCUGCCUCCAUCCCAGACUAUCGGGGGCCAAAUGGCGUGUGGACUCAGCUGCAGAAGGGUCAAUCUGUGAGUGCGUCAGAUCUGAGUCGAGCAGAGCCCACUCUCACACACAUGUGCAUCUGGAUGUUACACAAAGUGAAGAUGGUUCAGCAUGUGGUCUCGCAGAACUGUGAUGGUCUUCACCUGCGCAGUGGUUUGCCCAGACACGCUCUCUCUGAACUCCACGGAAACAUGUUCAUUGAGGUGUGUGAUUGCUGCUCUCCGGUGCAGGAGUUUAUCCGGCUCUUCGAUGUGACUGAGCGCACGGCCCUACACAGACAUGGCACGGGCCGUCUGUGUACUCACUGCAGAGCAGAGCUCAGAGACACUAUUGUACACUUCGGAGAGCGGGGCACCCUGGACCAGCCACUCAACUGGAAGGGGGCCUCCGAGGCAGCACAGCAGACCGACCUCAUCCUCUGCUUGGGCUCCAGCUUGAAGGUGUUAAAGAAGUACUCAUGCUUGUGGUGCAUGAACAGACCAGCCAACAAAAGACCAAAGCUGUACAUUGUAAAUCUACAGUGGACACCAAAAGAUAACCUGGCUACUCUGAAAAUUCACGGCAAGUGUGAUGCUGUGAUGAGUCUUCUGAUGGAGGAGCUGGGUUUGCAAAUUCCUGUUUACAACAGAUCACAAGACCCCAUCUUCAGCUUGGCUAAACCACUCAGUCCACAAGAGCAGAAAAGCCACACUCGUAUGGAAAUAGCGCCACCUGCUGCUCUACAGGAUGCUUCACCAGACACACAGGCUCAGGGUGAAGCUACAGCGGUUCAGGGCGGCUGGUUUGGAAGAGGAUAUACCAAAGCACGGAGGAAAAAGAAGACCUAGUCCUAACCCAACAGAGCAGCUUCAGGAACUGUGUUCUCAUUCACUGCUUGAAUACAUAUUUCUAAGAGUACAUUACUGAUAAAUGUGAUGCUAUAACCUCAGAGGUUACAGAUAACUGCUUUUCUGUAAAGAUACAGCGUUAAAAUAACUUGUAGCAGAGUAAUGCAGGUUCACACGAUGAUGUGGUUUGGCUAAGUGCACUUUACUUCCAAUCUCAGGUUUACAGAAGAGAAGCAACAUAUGAUUCUAAUGAUGCUGAAGUUUUUGCUAUUGUUUUUUCACCUAGUAUUUAAAAUGGUCAUUUACUUGCUCAUACGUUGUUCCAAAACCUUUGCAGGAAAAACAUGCAGAAUGUCCAGAAAGCUGUUUUUGGAUACAGGUGGAAAUAAGCAUGCCUUUAAGCUCUAUGAAGGUAGCAUGAAAGUACAAUACUUGUCAUGCUUUGCAAAAUGAAAUUGUUGAAGCAUGAACAUUCUGCUAAACUUUUUGUAUGUCGUGUAUAGAACAACAUGUGGAUGAGUAAAAGACUUGUUUGCAUUAAACUUUAGAUUGUAGUUGUUUACAAGAAGUCAGUGUUACUGGAUUGAGUAAAAAUGAAUGCUUUAUUUCAGUCCACUAUUAAAAUGAAUGAAUUCCAUUUAACUUAAGGAAUUGGAUAAACAGUUCUCAACCAAAUAAUAGAAUGCGUGUAAUUCAAUUAAAUGUUUGUUGACCCUUAAUAUGGUGUUAUAGCUGAUUAGAACCUGAAUUUAUGUCUUAACCUUCCUUGUUAAAGUAUAGAUUUUCUGUACACGAGUAAGAAAACCCUCACAAUGUGGACUUUAUAAUAAUUGUAUUAACUUGAACUGAGAUUGACGUUUGGUUGGUUUUAGAUGCCAUUUGUUUUUAACUGCUGUAAGUGCCAUUACCUGUACGUCAUUGGUUUUGUACUAAUUUCUGUUUCAGUUUUCACAGGCAUUCUGUGUACUACUGUAAAGAAAACUUGAGGAAUUACAUGAUUAUACUUGUAUUGAAAAUAAAUGAAAAUGGACAAUUUCCACAUAUGCCACAACA